AUGCCUCGCAGGCACGGGGCUUUAGACGACUACACGUCUGCUGUGCCUCAAAUCAUCUUGUCGACGUCCGACUCCGACUAUCUCGACCACCUCAUACCCGUGCUUAAAGAUGCGACCAACUCGCGACGAACGCCGGCGCUGCUGCAGUCCCUCUCCCGCUACUCCGAGGACCGCGAGGCGGACAUUGAACGGAUCGGACUGACCAAGCACGAGGAGUUCCUCGACUCGGUCCACAGGCUGCAGGAGGUCCGCGAGGGAACCGUGAACCUCACCACCGAGAUUCUCAAGCUCAACCAGUCGAUUCAGGCAAGCACCGAGAAGCUUGCAGACCAAAAGGGCGCUCUGGUCAAUACAAAGGCUGUGCGCCAGAACAUUGCGGACGCGGCGGAUGCCCUUCGAGAAUCCCUUACGGUGCUGCAUGCCGUCAACCACUCCCACGAGCUUGUACGCCGCAAGAAGUACUACUCGGCCCUCAAGUCGCUGCAGGACUUGCAGAAUGAGCAUCUUGUCCCGAUCCUCCAGAAUCGCUAUGCGACCCAGCACCGUCUGGCAGAUGCAAUCCAGAAGUCUCUCCCUGCCUCCCGACGGGCUAUAUCAGAAGCGGUCAUGUCUGACCUCAACACAUGGCUAUAUCGUAUCCGCGAGACCUCGCAAUUCCUCGGCGAAGUCGCAUUCUAUCAUACCGAAAUGCGUAGAUCUAGGCAGCGGGCACGAAUCGAGAACGAGAAAUUCCUGGAGAAUUUCAAGCUGAACUCGUCCAUUGAGCUCAUCUCGGAUGAAAACGAAGAGUUUGACGUGUUGGAUAAUGAAGAGCUCCAAGUCGACUUCACACCGCUGUUCGAGGCGCUGCACAUUCACGAUGCUCUUGGGCAUAGCGACCGAUUUCGCUCGGAAUACGCCUCUACCCGCCGCCAGCAGAAGGAUCUCCUGAUCCCAACCUCGAUUGAUUUGCUCGCCGAGGAUGGAUCGUCUCUCAGCAGCUUACUCGAGGGCAUUGCAGGAUUCGCAAUUAUUGAAAAGGCGACAAUGCAACGGGUUCCGUAUCUCCGUUCCGUGGUUGAUGUAGAAGAGCUGUGGGACUCCAUGUGCACCGCGGCCAUAACUCUCACAACAAAGGGCCUUGCGAACAUCGAUAAUGCCGAGAUCUUACUGAAAAUCAAGAGCGUCUUUGCCUUGUUCAUUCAGACCAUGGAAGGCUGGGGAUACUCUGUAUCUGCUCUUGACAAUUUCCUCCUGCAGCUCUUUGACAAAUACGCCCAGCUGCUGAAGCGCCGAUUCAGUGAAGACUUUCAAGAGAUUGUUUCGACUGAUGACUAUAUGCCGAUGGCUAUCAACUCCCUCAGUGACUACGAGAAAGUGGUCAAUGUGAGCUGGUUCACGCCGGAUCGGCCUACAGAGGAGCUUACGUUCCCCUGUGUGUUGCCGUUUUCGCAGAUGUACCCGCUCUGCUGCAUCGACAUUCGCAACUUUUUGAAUCAGUUCUACUUCUUCCUUGAUGACCACUUCCAGCAUUCAGAUAUAAUAGAUGAUACACUACGAAAGUCGCUGGAUGAGCUUCUUAGCGAGAAGAUUCUCAUCAAUCUGGAGCACUUUGAAAUAGCGUGUCGCGAGUUGGAGCAGCUACUGAUCAGAGCGAGGUCGUCCACUUCAGCGGGCGGCCCCCUGAGAUUGAAUGCCACGGAAGAGUUUCGCAACAAUAAGAAGACUGCGGAAAAGCGAAUAUUCGAACUGGUCAACUCCAAAAUCGACGAUCUUGUCGACACGGCAGAAUACGAUUGGCUGGCGAACGAGGUACCGACCGAGCCAAGCAACUACAUGCAGACGCUCACUCGCUAUCUGUCCAACAUCAUGAACUCGACGCUUCUGGGACUGCCAAGAGAGAUUAAAGAAUUGAUUUACUUUGAUGCCCUAAGUCAUGCGGCCGAGAAGAUUCUGGCCCUCCCCCUUUCACCCGAGGUUCGACACAUCAACGGCCAUGGAGUCUCGGCCCUGGCCCAAGACGUCAACUAUCUUACGGAGUUUGUCGGGAGCCUCGAAAACGGACAGAUGCUACGUGAAAAUCUGGACGAGCUCCAGCAGACUGUUAAUCUGAUGCAGUCCGACAACCACGAGGAGUUUUUCGAUAUCUCAAUUCGCAACAAGAAAUAUGGCCGAGUUGACGUCCUCAAUGGGCCGAUGCUACUCGAGAAACUCACUCCUACCGCGCAGCCUUCGGGGAGAGCUGCGCCACUCUCCAACUUGUCUCGCUUCGCCAUCAUGAAAUGA